GAGGAAUUAACGCUUAAAGUUAUAUUCAUUCAAUUAAGAAAAGAAGGUGCCACGAAAUGGACGCAUAAAGUUCGUUUGUUCAUAAUAUAUGUUUGUUUUGAUUAUACUCCAAUCCAUUCACGUUGUCCAAUUAACUCAGCUAAACAUUUAGCUUAUUCAGAUGGCUAGCAAUAGCAACUCAUCUUCAGCUCUUGUGACUUCUUCAAAAAGAUAUUAUUAUGAUGUGUUUGUCACCUUCCGAGGUGAAGACACUCGCAACAAUUUCAUUGAUUUUCUUUUUGAUGCCCUGGAAACAAAAGGCAUUCUUGUAUUUCGGGAUAACAGAAAUCUUCAAAAAGGUGAAUCCAUAGGACCUGAACUUCUUCAAUCAAUCGAAGGAUCUCAGGUUUAUGUUGCGGUUUUCUCAAGAAACUAUGCUUUCUCAACAUGGUGUUUGCAAGAAAUAGAGAAGAUUUGGGAAUGUGUCCAAGGAUCCGAAAAACUUGUUCUUCCUGUUUUUUAUGAUGUUGAUCCUUCUGAGGUUCGAAAGCAAAGUGGAAUUUAUGAUAAAGCUUUUGUCAAACAUGAACAAAGAUUCCAACAAAACUCUCAGAUGGUGUCAAGAUGGAGAGAAGCUCUAAAACAAGUGGGGAGUAUCUCUGGUUGGGAUCUAUGUGAUAAGCCACAAGUUGGUGAGAUUAAAAAGAUUGUUCAAAGGAUAAUGAAUAUAUUGGAGUGCAAUUCUUCAUGUGUUUCGAAAGAUUUAGUAGGGAUUGAUUCUCCUAUAGAAGCAUUACAAAAUCAUUUGCUUUUGGACUCAGUUGAUGGUGUUCAUGCUAUAGGAAUUUGUGGAAUGGGAGGAAUAGGGAAGACAACCCUUGCCAUGACUUUAUAUGACCAAAUAUCUCAUCGAUUUAGUGCAAAUUGUUUUAUUGAUGAUGUAAGCAAAAUAUAUAGAUUAUGUGAUGGUCCUUUGGAUGCACAAAAGCAAAUUCUAUUUCAAACUCUCGACAUAAAACACCAUCAAAUAUGCAAUCGUUACAUUGCAACUGAUUUGAUACGACGUAGGCUAAGUCGUGAAAAGACCCUAGUGAUUCUUGAUAAUGUGGAUCAAGGUGAACAAUCGGAAAAAAUAGCUGUGCAUCGUGAGUGGUUAGGUGCAGGUAGUAGAAUAAUUAUCAUUUCUAGAGAUGAGCAUAUAUUGAAAGAGUAUGGAGUGGACGUAGUUUACAAAGUUCCACUUUUGAAUCGGACCGAUUCUCACAAGUUAUUUUGUCAAAAAGCUUUCAAACAUGAGAAAAUUAUUAUGAGUAGUUACCAAAAUUUGGAUUUUGAGAUACUGAGUUAUGCUAAUGGUCUUCCACUAGCAAUUAAAGUAUUGGGCUCAUUUUUGUUUGGUCGUAAUGUGACUGAAUGGAAGAGUGCAUUGGCUAGAUUGAGAGAAAGGCCAGAUAACGAUGUCAUGGAUGUGCUACAGUUAAGUUUUGAUGGUCUAAAUCAUAUGGAAAAAGAAAUAUUUCUUGAUAUUGCUUGUUUUUUCAACCGCGAAUCAGAGAAAUAUGUAAAAAACGUUCUAAAUCAUUGUGGAUUUCAUGCUGAUAUUGGAUUAAGAGUUCUCAUUGAUAAAUCACUUAUAAGCAUUAAUAGUGAUUCAGUGAUUGAAAUGCAUUCUUUAUUGGUUGAGCUAGGCAGAAAAAUUGUGCGAGAAAAUUCAAGCAAAGAGCAAAGAAAGUGGAGCAGGGUGUGGUCCCAAAAACAACUCUACAAUGUUACGAUGGAGAAAAUGGAAAGGCAUGUUGAAGCCAUAGUUUUGAAUGAUGAUGAUGUUGAAGAGGUGGACGUUGAACAGUUGUCAAAAAUGAGUAAUCUUAGAUUACUCAUCAUCAAGUGGGGUCCGAAUAUCCCAAGUAGCCCAUCGAGUCUUUCAAACACAUUAAGAUAUGUUGAGUGGAAUUAUUAUCCUUUCAAGUAUUUGCCAUCAAGUUUUCACCCCAGUGAUCUUGUAGAGUUGAUCUUGAUGUAUAGCGACAUCAAACAACUAUGGAAGAACAAGAAGUAUCUUCCCAAUUUGAGAAGAUUGGAUCUAAGACACUCCAGAAAUCUAGAAAAGAUAGUAGAUUUUGGAGAGUUCCCGAAUCUUGAGUGGUUAAAUUUGGAAUUAUGUGCGAACCUUGUUGAGUUAGAUCCAUCUAUUGGACUUCUAAGAAAGCUUGUUUACUUGAAUUUGGAAGGUUGCGUAAAUCUAGUAAGCAUACCCAACAACAUAUCCGGUCUUAGCUCUCUUGAAGAUCUAAAUAUAUGUGGUUGUUCCAAAGCGUUUAGCAGUUCAAGCAUCAUGUUGCCUACUCCCAUGAGAAACACAUAUUUGUUGCCAUCCGUGCAUAGCUUAAAUUGUUUGCGUAAAGUUGACAUUAGCUUUUGUCAUCUAAAUCAAGUUCCCGAUUCAAUUGAAUGUUUACACUCACUAGAAAAAUUAAAUUUAGGGGGAAACGAUUUUGUGACACUACCUAGCUUGAGGAAGCUUUCCAAACUUGUAUAUUUAAAUUUGGAGCAUUGCAAGUUCUUGAAAUCUUUUCCUCAACUUCCUUCUCUUACCACUAUUGGGCGGGAUCAUCGUGAGAACAAGCAUAAGUUUGGGUGGAUCACAGGAUUGAUCGUUUUCAACUGUCCAAAACUGGGUGAUAGGGAGUGUUGCAGUAGCAUGACAUUUUCAUGGAUGACACAAUUUAUUAAGGCAAACCGACAAACCUACCCUGCCUAUUUUGAUACGAUUCAAAUUGUUACUACAGGAAGUGAAAUACCGAGUUGGAUCAACAAUCAGAGCAUGGGUGAUUCAAUACUAAUAGACAAAUUGCCUAUUAUGCAUGACAAUAACAAUAAUAUCAUUGGCUUUCUAUGUUGUGCAGUAUUUACAAUGGAACCUCAUCCAGAGUGCUUUUCAUGGGCCAAUAUGAAACUGAGUUUCAAUCAUCCUAUCAAAAUGAGUGUUCCAGUCAUUCUCAAUGGAGGUCUUGUUACGACCAAAUCAAGUCACCUAUGGAUAAUCUACUUCCCACGAGAGUCCUCGGAUGAAUUUGGAAAUAUCUGUUUUGACAUUUUUAAGGGGCAAGCUUUGGGUAUGGAGGUGAAGAGUUGCGGGUAUCGUUGGGUAUGUAAACAAGACCUACAAGAAUUCAACUUACCAAUGAUAAAUCACGAAAAUUCCUUGGCUCCGAAGUGUAAGAUUUUGGCAAUUGAAGAUGGGACACAACUACAACCACAACAAGAAUCAUUCAUGUCACAAGUCAUAACUAGUACACCGAGAAGAAACAACAGAUGGAUCACAAAAAAUUCAACAAGUGAUAACAAGUUAACCGCAAAAACAAUCUCUGUUGUCAACCGCAAGCAGAGAAAUAAAUCUCGAACCUCCAUAUCAGCCACAGAAAGAGAAGUAUCCGUGGAGGCAGCAGAUUCACCUGUUGCAGAUGAAGUUUCUACUGAAUCUCAACAGAAAAAAAUCUCAAACCUCCAUAUCAUUUGUCGAUUCAUUGGUCGGUUCCUCAACAACUUUUGCCAACAAGGUAGCACGGAUACGAACAUCAGAUACGACAUGGACACUGUAAAUUCAGAUGCUGAAAGUUUGGUUUCUGAAGAAGAUUCAGAUGCUGUAAUUUAAAUUAUUGAAGAACCUAUUCAGACAGAUAUUGCAACAAGCAAUGUCGAAAAUGACUCACUGGUUGGUCGGUUCCUCGACAACUGUUGCAAACAAGGUAGCACGGAUACGGACAUCCGAUACGACACGGACACUGUAAAUUCAGAUGCCAAAAGUUUGGUUUCUGAAGAAGACUUAGAUGCUGUAAAUUCAAUUAUUGAAUACCUCAAGUGCACCAGAUGCUCAAGAAGGAGAAGGUGACAAUGCUGGAGCUGUUCCAGAGAACAAUGAGAUCGCUGCUAGUUUGACUGGACAAAGCGGUGAUUUGUCUUCUGAGAAAAUCUUGAAUAAAGGCUCAAUUCAUUUUUAAAUCAUGCUUGCUUGACUGAAUUAGUGUUGUCAUUCUUGUAUCGCCGAAAGUAACAAUUUGUUACCGCUACACAAUAGUUUUAUAGCGCCACUAUAGAGGCUAUUUCACAACAUUUUGAACCAAAUAUCGUAAUUUUGAACAAUAGCAAUUUGUUCAAAUUCCACUCUCUAUAGCACUAUAGCGUCACUAUUGACACAAGUUUUCAGAAUUUGUUAUGUAUAAACCACAGAUUGUAUGAUAUUGUACCCCGUUCAAUUUCUACACGAUCCGAAUCAAUCAACUUUAUGCAACCAAAGCAAUUGAAUGACAUCAUAAUAGUUAGAUUAUUUAACAGAUGGAUGAUUUUUUUUUUCUUUUGUUAUGAAGGGAGUUUUAUUUAACUUUGAAUCUUCUAUGGAUAAAUGUAACUGAAGAAAAGAAUAAAGUUCCCUCUCCUGAAAGUCCUCCAACUGAAGAAGUGCCAGAACAAACACCAGUAGCAGUACAAGUUGAAGGUGAAGAAGUUGCAAUUGCAUUAAAAAACAAACAACAGCGUAUCUAACUCUAAUGGACAAACCGGAAUUACAGCGUCAGAUGAAGGCUUGAGCAAAGCAACUAUAUCACCAGCACUUGUGAAGUAACUUCGGAAUGAAACGGGGGCUGGAAUGAUGGACUGCAAAAAUGCUCUAUCAGGGAGUGAAGGUGACAUUAUCAAAGCACAGGAGCUCCUUAGGGAAAAGGGCUUAAUUAGAGUGUGCAGACAAGAAAGCAUCCAAAGCAGCUGCCGAAGGAAGGAUGGUUCUUACAAGUUCCAAAGGAAGGAUAGGAAAUCAACGGUAGUGGUCUCAGCCUCUUUGGUUAAGCAACUGCAAGAAGAAACAGGUGCAGAGAUGAUGGACUGUAAGAAAGUUCUUGCUGAAAAAAGGGUCUCUCAUUCACUAUUCACACAUCGGUGUUCUAAUUGAAGUGAACUGUCAAACCGACUUUGUCGGCAGAAGUGAGAAAAUUAAGGAGUUGGUUGAUGAUCUUGCAAUGCAAGUGGCUGCUUGCUUGUCCAGAGGUUCAGUUUGUAUCUGUUGAAGAUAUUCUUGAAACCAUUGUGACGAAGGAAAAAGAACUUGAGUUGCAGAGAGAAGACCUUGCUUUGAAACCCGAGAACAUAACAGAGAAAAUUGUUGAGGGAAGAAUCUCAAAGAGGUUACCAGAUCUCGCUCUUAUAAAGCAGCCUUUCAUUAAGGAUGACAGUGUUUCAGUGAAAGACUUGGUGAGGCAAAGUAUAGCUGCCAUUGGCGAGAACAUUAAAGCUGGGCGUUUUGUUCGGUUCACUCUGUGAAACAACCUUGGCAAUAGAUCCUGGACCACAGCAGCACAGCUCAUUUGACGGAAGCAUUAGGCAAACUAUAUGUUGGUUUUGUGCGAUGUCAAGUUAACAAGUCCAUAUUACUUUCAUAAAAACAUUAAUCUUUUAAGUUUUUUAAUCUCUAAAUUAGUUCCU